AUGUAUAAACUAACAUUAGUCACUACAGAACAAUUAAUGAAGGAGUGGAACUCACCGAUCUAUGCGUUUUUUGAUCCCAUGCCCGCCAUCGAGAUAAUUGAUGGACGUCGUGCACAUGGGUUCAAGUGCAUGGCGAAGGGAUGCAAGGUCUGUAUUUGUCGGUUCCUCGAUAAGAAAGAUGCUCGCUCGACAGGUAACAUGCAAAAGCAUGUCAAGACUUGCUGGGGGGAUGAGGUUUUGCAGGCUUGUGAUGAUGCAAAAAAUGCGGAGGAAGUGCGAACCAAGAUCGUCACAAGUAUCCUGCAUAGCGGGUCAAUUACGGCGUCAUUCGAGCGUAAGGGAAAAGGAAAGGUCACGUACUCACAUAGGCAGCAUACUCAUACUGAAACCAAGUGGUCAUUGAUGAAGACCGGGAGGCCCGAGUAUUACAUACCUUCUCCAAGGACAAUCUCUCGUGAUGUAAGACUCGUGUUUGCGCGAAUGCACAAGCGAAUUGCUAAGAUGUUGGGAGAGUACAAAGGGAAAAUGAACUUUACUACAGAUGCUUGGACCUCGGAGAACCACCGUGCAUUCGUUGCGUUCGCAGUACAUCUCGAGUACAAAGGUGUCCCCCUGAGUUUUCCGUUAGACAUCAUUGAAGUCUCCAUGUCUCACACUGGAGAGCAGCUUGCAGCUGUCUUUGCAGAUAUGCUAACGGAAUUCAACAUAUCAGAGAAGGUAAUGUUUUAA